CAGAAAGCGAAUGUCUGUCUACCUAAGCAAACUUUUGUAUGGCUCUGGCUACAAGUUUGUCGAAAAUAAUUACAGCGUGAAAUUCCGAUAACUUUGGUUUCAAUUAAAAAUGGUGAAUUUAUUGGGUGACUUUUAGUUUUGACAAUGUACCAUUCUAUGUUUACAGACAAGAAUAGACCCUAAAGAAGUUUAGUGGCGGUAUUUAUUUUAUUGGUGACGUAGUCUCCAUUAAUGUACCUGUACCAGAGUCCUGAGUGACCUUCCAAGGCCCCAAUUAAAAACAUGAUAGAAAUCCCUUUACCAAUGUGGCAAAGCAUUACCAAACAAACAUACAAGGUUUUAUGUAGAGACUGACCUAUAGGUAUUACAUUCCAAGAGGGUCUUACAAGAACAGGGUCCAGAUAUGCAGCACUAUAAGAAUCCAGAUGUGUCCACUCUAAACGAAGCCGCAUACCAUGCGCAUAGUAACGGCCAUUCGGAACAUUCCCCAAAUUCCAGUCACAUGUCUGUCCAUAGUGACGAACCAUUAGUACGAACACAAAAGCAACAAACUACACAGCAAGUGACAACCGUCACCAAGGUUGUGCGGGAAGUUCAACAGAUUGGAGAGCAAUCGGGAGAGUAUAUUCCUGUGCCUCUUGGGUCUUACCCGCAUAGUUCUCAUUACGCUGAUUAUAUUGACCAACCACCUCACCACAUGUAUUCACAGUAUCAUCAACAUCCCCAUUAUCAGGAUUUUGAACAUUAUCCAAACCCCUACGGAACUUACAUGGGAUACUCUUCAGGGGCUGAAAGGCCUCCGACACCACCAAGUCCUAGUGAACAUAGUGCCGACCCAUCUCCCCUGCCGAUGGCUGCCCAACCCAACGCUGCUUAUUUAGGUUCUGGUUAUGAUGAACUUCCUGAGCAUUAUAGGGUAACGCCUUCACCUGGAGGUCCCAUAGGAAUAGACCCAUACCAAGAUGAUCCUGGUGUGGUUUAUGGUUAUGUUUCUCCUUCGCCUUAUGGUACCGCUCCUUUGUCACGUCCCUAUGUAGAUAGUUUGAAUGGUCCAGUGCCAGUUGCUCCCAGUAUGCGUAUGUUUGAGGAAGAGGACCUCCAGAAGCACAUCAGCAAAAUGUCAUUGCAUGGGCAUAAUGUGGGAUUGCCUCAUGAAAGGGUACACAUUUCCUCGCCUGGUAGUGUAGUUGGGGAAGAAGAUGCACGGGGCAUGCGUUGGCGAGAUCCCAAUUUACCGGAGGUCAUAGGAUUCCUAAAUAAUCCAAACAAUGUGAUUAAAGCUAAUGCCGCCGCUUAUUUGCAGCAUUUGUGUUACAUGCAUGACCCCAAUAAACAGAAAACCAGAUCUCUUGGUGGUAUUCCUCCCUUGGUAAAAUUGUUAAGUCACGAAGGCAUAGAAGUUUACAGAAAUGCUUGUGGCGCCUUAAGGAAUUUAUCAUUUGGACGUCAGAAUGAUGAAAAUAAACGAGCUAUUAAAAAUGCUGGUGGAAUUCCAGCUUUAAUCAAUUUGCUUCGAAGAUCCAGUGAAGCAGAGAUCAAAGAACUUGUUACUGGAGUUAUAUGGAAUUUAUCAUCUUGUGAGGAUCUCAAAAGAAAUAUUAUCGAUGAUGGUGUUUUAACCAUUGUUACCUUUAUAAUAAUUCCGCAUUCCGGUUGGGAUCCUCAAGGCAACCAUGGGGAGACCUGCUGGUCGACAGUUUUCCGAAAUGCCUCUGGAGUUUUGAGAAAUGUUAGCUCUGCAGGAGAGUAUGCCAGAAAAAAAUUAAGAGAAUGUGAAGGCCUAGUAGAUUCUUUGUUAUUUGUGGUGCGUUGUGCCAUAGAAAAAUCUAAUAUAGGCAAUAAAAUUGUGGAAAAUUGUGUUUGCAUAUUGAGGAACCUUUCUUAUAGAUGUCAGGAAGUUGAAGAUCCUAAUUAUGAUAAAAAUCCUUUACCUUCUCAAAGUAGAGUGGCAGCUAGUAACUCAAAAGGUGAAAAUUUGGGAUGUUUUGGAGGCAGCAAAAAGAAGAAAGAAAGCAACUCAUCAGAUAACAAAGAUAACAAUUUUUCAUCUUCAAAUUCCGGAAGUGCAUCAAAUGCAGCAUCUAGAGGCGGCGAACCUGUUAAAGGCAUGGAGUUACUAUGGCAACCUGAAGUUGUGCAAUCAUAUUUAGCAUUAUUACAAAGCUGUUCGAAUCCAGAAACUCUGGAAGCAGCAGCCGGGGCCCUUCAAAAUUUAGCAGCUUGUUAUUGGCAGCCUAGCAUAGAAAUACGUGCAGCUGUUCGCAAAGAAAAGGGCUUACCUAUUUUGGUAGAACUACUUCGUAUGGAAGUCGAUAGGGUAGUAUGUGCUGUAGCCACUGCACUCAGAAAUUUAGCGAUAGAUCAACGGAAUAAGGAACUUAUAGGAAAAUAUGCAAUGAGGGACCUUGUGCAAAAGCUGCCAUCUGGAAAUCCGCAGCAUGAUCAGGGUACUUCGGAUGAUACGAUCGCAGCUGUUUUAGCUACUUUAAAUGAGGUGAUAAAGAAAAAUGCCGAAUUUUCACGAUCUCUUCUUGAGGCUGGGGGAGUAGAAAGACUGAUGACCAUUACUAGGCAACGACAAAAAUAUACACCCAGGGUACUAAAAUUUGCUGGGCAAGUUUUGUUCACAAUGUGGCAACAUCAGGACCUGAGAGACGUUUAUAAAAAACAUGGAUGGAAGGAACAAGAUUUUGUUACGAAGACGGUAGCCGCACGAAAUGCUGGGCCAAAUUCUCCAAAUAACGCGAACAGCACCCUCAAUAGACCAAUGGCUUCACAGAGCGGUACUCGAUACGAAGACAGGACUAUGAAGAGGUCUGUGCCAGGACCUCGUGGUCCAGUAUUUAGGGAUGACAUACCAAUGGCUGACAUGCCUUAUCCAGAAAAUGCGCCAAUUAUGGGACGAUCGUAUCCUUCUGGUUCAAAUCCACCCCCACCCGAACCACUCUAUGCACAAGUGAACAUGGAAAAGAAACGUAACAGACAACCAAGCUUAGGUAAUGCCAGUAUAAACCACUUGGGCGAUAAUCACGUGCAGCCUGGACAGAGUCAACCUCCAUCACUCAGCGUACCUCCAGGGAAGGAUUCCUGGGUCUAAGUUUUUUGCUAAAAAUUUUAUUCACAUGUAGUCUGAUCUAAAACCGUUUUUAAUAAUGUUAUUUUGUAGCAAUUUUUAUGGAAAAUGGUUUUUUGGUUUCUUCAAAUAUUUUUAUUUUUUUAAUUCUAGGUUCUCCAAAUUGGGUUUAGAGUUUAUGAAAAUAGAAAAAAUAAACUUCGUUACUGGUGAAAUUUCAUUCUUGCAAUGGUUGAUACUUGAUACAUAGCUACAUGCAGGAAAAAAACUAGGCUCAAAGUUUUGUUUACUCACAAUGAGGUCUUAUCACAUUAUGGCAGUCGCCUGGAGGCUUACCAGUAAAAUGCAGAUGUUCAAAGGUAUUAUGCAUACCAUCCUAAAAAUAUUAGAUAGGUAUAGCAAAUACCUAAGCAUCGAAAACCUAAUCAUAUAAUAUAUUUGUAUGAAAAUGCAUUUAUGUUCAAGUGGUCUAUAAUUUGAACUUUAUUGUCAUCAAAACUUGACAAAGAAGUCAGAGAACUGAUCGAUGAUAGUCGUUGGACCAUCAUAGGUAUUUAUAUCAUAAUACCAAGAAGUUGGACUUUUUGUGCUGAGCUCAAUGUUGAGCAAAGCACAAAAAGACCUUGGGAGCUGAUUGGCAUGCAACAUGUCAUCUUCAAGGGACUGCAAUGUUUCCUUUCACAACUAAAUUACUGCUUUUUUAUCAAUUCUCGGUAAAAUUGAAGGCUGCCACUAUAAUGUCACACGGAAUAAAUUCCACUGUUCGGGACAAGGACUUUCCUGUAAACGAGCAGGCACAUCGACUUCAUUAUCCGUAUUUAUUUAUGCUCGUACUUUAUUUAUGCAAUAAUUUAAUCCAUAAUAUUUUUAAAACAUGUAAAACCAACAAAGGACCCCGCACAUUUCUUAUGGAAAAGUGAUCUAUGUGGAAUUUUGCUGAAUUUUUGAUAUUGUGUAUAGGGAGUCGUCCUUAACAAAAGUGAUCAUUGCGCUAAUGUUCAAUACCCAACAGUUUUCAAGAUAUCAAUUAAAAACUUUUUUAAUUUGAUACUCUUCAGUAUAACGUCACCAGUAUGCUCACAGCACCAAAAAUUAAAACUAUCCUUUUCACUUUUGACUUUGACUACCUAUACUUAUACUCUUCUCUUUUUAACAUUAAAGGAAAUUAAGAAAAAACAACAAAAGGUACAAAUGAAAUCGCUAUAUGACAGACAUCAUGACAUGAAGUUGACGAUUGCGGCAGGAGCUAGGUGUUGUUUACAUACCUACCUAUUUGUCACUAAUCGCUAUCGCUAUCUUUUUUUUUCUUUAAUUGUUAAAAGGAGAAGAGUAAAGUCAAAGUCAAAAGUGGAAAGGAUAGUAAUAAUUUUCGUUGCUGUGAGUGACGUCAUACUAAAGAGUAUCAUAUUAAAAAAGUUUUUAAUUGAUAUCUUGAAAACUGUUGGGUAUUGAACAUUAGCGCAAUGAUCACUUUUGUUAAGGACGACUCCCUAUACACAAUAUCAAAAAUUCAGCAAAAUUCCACAUAGAUCACUUUUCCAUAAGAAAUGUGCGGGGUCCUUUAUGGAAAUUAUAAUUGCUUUUGGAUAUAAACUCCGUAUGGCGAAUGUGUAUACAUUCAACUCCUACGUUAUUUUUGUCGUUAUAAAUCCAGCAUAGGUAUUUUUUCUAGUGAGGUGAGGACAUUAAUAAGAUAUUUUUGACUACAACGAUUUAUUAGCGCUCCCAGUCGCAUGGAGGUGAUUUUUAAAACAUACUUGAGUGACAAACUGUAUUUUUGUCCUUCAAUAAUUUUAUUUGUUUGUGAUUGGCAUAUCUGAGGUAUGCGAUUUCUUAGGGUUUUAGGUUACCAUUUUCCAUACGUUAAUUGUUAUACGAAAUGUGACUUUAUAUUUAUUAUGAUUUUAUGAAGUAAUUUUUCAAUAUUUAUUAUAUUGAUGUCUGUUGUUUAUCUAUUCUUAGAACACUUCAACAAAAUAUGUUGAGCAAGAUAUUUUUACAUUCCUAAUAGGUAUAUAUGAAGCUUAGUUUUUAGGUAUUUCCAUUUCUUAGAACACCUGUUGUUUUUGAGGACGUAUAAAAUGUUUUUAGAUUCAGACUAUAAAUUUAUAUAAUUAUAAUUAUUAUAUCAAUAUGCGAUCAUAUGUUGAGAUAUAUUAUGCACUGAUUCAUAUUAAAUAUGUACUAUUAAGUUUAUGGUUUACUGUGAUGAAGCUUCAAGUAAAAAAUGGGGUUAAAUUGCCUGUAAAUACUACUAGGUAUGCGUCAAAGUUUAUGUUCUUAUGAAAAAGCUUUUUAUUUUACUCCACAUUUAGACUAUGGAAAAGAUAAAAUCCAUUUAUUAUCUUCUUACAUUAUAAUCGUAUGGACGCAUUUAUUUAUAGCUAUAAUGAAGAUAUUGUUUUAUUAAUUUUAUUUGAAAUUCUAUUGUAUUUUUUUUGUCAAUAUCCCAAAAGAAGUUUUUGAAAAUAUUUGAUCUAUUCAAUAUUAUCAUAAUCAAUUUUAAUAUUGUUUAUAAUAAAAUAAAACUAUUGUAAUUA